CUCUCUCUCUCUCUCUCUCUCUCUCGCUGUCACACAGAGCCAGGCCAGGCAGAGGCAGCUCGUCCGCCCGGAGAGACAGCCACACACAACAGCACAUCGCGUUGCAGCCGACUGAUCAAUAGCGUAGUCAGUUAAACGCUUCUUUAAAAUGGAUGUCUUGAUUCAUACUCUCUUUUGACACUGGACUAUGUUGCUGCUGCUGCUGCUGCUGCGUUCAACGGGAGUGGAAACCUCUUCUUCGGCUUGCUGUUAGAGGUAACUGGUUCGCCUCGACGACAUAAGAGAGGACCACACUCCCCCACCACCCACCAGCCUCCCCCCCAUCCCCCCCAAUCGUUAGCUCGCUAAGCUACCUAGCCACGCUAACUUAGCUGUGAUACUUUGAACCGUAUCGGCGCCUGUUUUCUGCCUCGACGCUAGCCUGCGGUCUCCUGCGCCACCGCGGUGGAUUGAGGUGCUCUGUCUCCCAAGGAGCAUGUCUGAGUGACAAGACAAGGAGGAAGUGGGAUCUCUGACGCUCCGCCCCCCUGCAGGUGGAGCAACCUGCACAUCUGACCAGAGACCCCUUAGUCUGAACAGGAUGAGGAGGUUCGCCUACUGUAAGGUGGUGUUGGCCACCUCUCUGGUUUGGGUGAUGCUGGACAUGUUCAUCCUGCUAUACUUCAGCGAGUGCAACAAGUGCGACGACAAAAAAGAGAGAGGACUGCCCGGGAGAGACGACGCCCUGGCCAGGCCGCGGGAUGGGCCCGGUGAGGGGGGGAAGCCUGUGGUGAUUCCUAAAGAGAACCAGGAGAAGAUGAAGGAGAUGUUUAAGAUCAACCAGUUCAACCUCAUGGCCUCCGAGAUGAUUGCUCUCAAUCGGUCACUGCCUGAUGUCCGACUGGAAGGGUGCAAGAAUAAAUUAUACCCAGAUAAUCUUCCUCGUACCAGCGUGGUGAUUGUUUUUCACAAUGAGGCUUGGAGCACGCUUCUGCGAACCGUCCACUCCGUCAUCGACCGCUCACCACACACACUGCUGGAGGAGAUUGUGCUGGUGGACGAUGCGAGCGAGAGAGAUUUCCUAAAGCGGCCGUUGGAGCAGUACGUCAGGAGGCUGGAGGUUCCUGUCAGAGUGGUGAGGAUGGAGCAGCGCUCCGGCCUUAUCCGUGCUCGCCUCAAGGGAGCAUCCCUCUCCACUGGUCAGGUCAUCACCUUCCUGGAUGCUCAUUGUGAAUGCACUACAGGGUGGCUCGAGCCUCUGUUGGCCCGCAUAAAGCAAGACAAGAGAACGGUGGUUUGCCCCAUCAUCGAUGUGAUCAGCGAUGAUACAUUUGAGUACAUGGCAGGAUCCGACAUGACAUAUGGGGGCUUCAACUGGAAGCUAAACUUCCGUUGGUACCCUGUACCCCAGAGAGAGAUGGAUCGCCGCAAAGGAGACCGCACGCUGCCUGUCAGAACUCCCACCAUGGCGGGUGGCUUGUUCUCCAUAGACAGAGAUUAUUUCCAGGAGAUCGGCACAUAUGACGCAGGCAUGGACAUCUGGGGAGGAGAGAACCUGGAAAUCUCUUUCAGAAUCUGGCAGUGUGGUGGGACUCUAGAGAUCGUCACAUGCUCUCAUGUUGGUCACGUGUUCAGAAAGGCAACGCCCUACACGUUCCCUGGGGGAACAGGACAGAUCAUCAACAAAAACAACCGGCGCCUGGCAGAAGUCUGGAUGGAUGAAUUUAAAAACUUCUUCUAUAUCAUCUCUCCAGGUGUGACCAAAGUGGACUAUGGUGACAUCACGUCUCGUUCGGCUCUGAGACAAAAGCUUCAAUGUAAACCCUUCAGCUGGUACUUGGAGAACGUCUAUCCUGACUCCCAGAUCCCCAGACACUACUACUCUCUGGGAGAGAUCCGUAACGUGGAGACCAACCAGUGCCUGGACAACAUGGCACGCAAAGAGAAUGAAAAAGUUGGCAUUUUCAACUGCCAUGGCAUGGGAGGCAACCAGGUUUUUUCCUACACGGCCAAUAAGGAGAUCAGAACGGAUGACUUGUGUCUAGAUGUAUCCAAGUUAAACGGACCUGUCAUGAUGCUCAAGUGUCAUCACCUCAAAGGCAACCAGCUCUGGGAUUACGACCCUGUAAAGCUGACCCUGAUCCACGUCAACAGUAACCAGUGUCUGGACAAGGCCAGCGAGGAGGAUAGCCAGGUGCCCAGCGUCAGAGACUGCACACACACACGCUCCCAACAGUGGCUACUGCGCAAUGUCACACUACCAGAGGUCUUCUGACCACGCUCCACACACUCCCAAACACACACACAAUCACACACACAGCAGCCCAGAGUGAGCAAUCAGGGGAACAGUCGGUGUUUAUCAGAAUUGGGCACAAGGAAAGAAAAGACUUCCCAUGAAGGGAUUCAGGAAGAGAGGAGGAUGGAUCGGAUGGUACUACCUCUGACUGGGAUUGGAGGGAGGAGUGUGUUUGACCCCCCUCAGUGCGACAAAAGAGCAAAGACUCCCACCAGGAGACUGUGGUUGGUUAUUUUACGUUUGUAUUUUUUGUUUUUUUAAAGAGAUUUUAACCGCUGAGUGUGACGUGACUCCUGGGAGUGAACAUGAGACUGACGGACAGAGUCGAGAUUCUGUGCUCACAGCUUCCCUGGACAAAGUAGUCCAUCUCUCAACUCAUCACUAAACGUUUACUGACUGCCUCUGAUGAGAGAAUGUGUGCACUUAGGUGUGUGUUUGUGUGUGUGCGCGUGCAUGUGUAUUCUAAGAUGAAUGUAUGCAAUGAGAGGGGGGGCUAAAUUCCUUGUUUUAUGUUUUUUUUUUUUUUUAUUUAAACUUGUAAUGAAAUGAACUCCGGUGAACUCCAAUGAAGAAGGGUGUGUGUGUGCGUGUGUGCGUGUGUGCGUGUGUGCGUGCGUGCGUGCGUGCGUGCGUGCGUGUGCGUGUGCGUGUGUGUGUGUGUGUGUUUGUGUGUGUGUGAGAGAGCGCCCCUCCUACAGUCUUGCAGCAGUGUGUGUCUCCCUCUGGUGUGACACCUCAGUAUUUCAUCCCUCAGACUGAAGCCUCUCUACUGAGGAAUUUCCAAGUUAUUUCACAAACGAAUCACAAGAGAACGAGGACUGACCUCUGCUGUCAGCAGAGAACUGGAGAUAGAGAACUAUGUUUGCGAUAUCUUGAGAUUUCUAUGUCCAUUUGUUUUUCUAUGGUUUUGUGUUUCUACAGUCCUGUGAGAGUGCCACAGAGCAGUAACAUUAGUAUGUCUAUCAGUCUCUGUUGACUUUUAAGAUGUUUAACAUAGAGCUAACACACAAACAGGAACUCUGCAUAUGUAACUGAUGUUCACUGCCUAAUGAUGUGUUCAACCAUAAGGAACUCAAACAUACACAUGACCUGUAAACAUAUAGGAAACAGGCUGCACUAGCCUCAUACUUUAAUCCAUUUUGUCAUAUCUUCUUCUCAAUGACCUCUUCAAGACACUCCAAGGGCUUUUUUUCCUCCAGUGGAGUGUGUGUGUGUGUGUGUGUGUGUGAGUACGUGGAUGCAUGUGUGCGUGCGUGUGAGAGUGUGUGAUUUCUGUUAAUCCCAGUCCAUCAGCUCCCUGUUUACCAGGACAAAUGGCUCUCUGAUUCCUCGCUGUUGGACAGCCAGACUCGGUAGCAUAGACUGACUGCAGAUGCUUCAUAUAAAAAGCAAAAUGCUGCUUUUCUUCUUUUUUCCACGCUCUCCUGAGGACAUUUCUACAAUAGGAGAGGAAGCCAAGGAAGCCGUUAUUAGAAUAUCAAAGAGAUGUUGCUGAGGUGUGUUCGGUGACUUAAUCAGGGACGGAAUAAUAAAUGCAGAGAGCCGAGGGGAGGGAAGGGUUGAACUGUUGGUUACAAAGAACAGCAGCAGCAGACAUAUCUGAAAUCAUGACUGUAUAUCUCAUGCACCUGCAGUAUUUCCCAUUUCAUAUCACAGACUGCUGAACAGAAACAUCAGUGUGUCAAUCUUAUUUCAACCAUCAUGCUUUCUUUCUUCUCUAUCACUCCUGCCGCUGCGAGUCAGGGCAGGAGAGGUCAUUUCAUAAAGGUUUUUACCAUUUCAGCUUCCUCCAGUGGAGGAGGGUUUACAUGUAGGACAAGUCCCCAGUUCAUCUUUGUCCUGGACGUGGUAGUAGUUCGAUGAGGCCACUGACUGAUUUCAUGUCGGAGUGAACGACUGUGUGCUGAAGAUGUGAACGUUUCUUGUUUUGUUUUUAUAUUGUGAGACAGAGAAAGUGGAUCGAUUGUUCUGAUAUUUGGGGGUGGGGGAUUUUAAUUCAACUGACCUGUCCAAGCUUCCACACUGAGCUGAUCCAAAUGUAGAAAAUAAAAGUGAAAAAGUUUACAGAACAAUACGGGAGAAAUGUGGAUUUCUGCCUCUUUUUGUUUGCACACACCAACAAACACCAUUUCUUUUCUGUCAGUGAGGAGUGAAUUUUAACUUUGGUGCUGACAUUUUUUGACCAGUGUUGGCCAAGGCUGAACAAAGUAAAUAAAGUGCCAAUGAUUUUUCAUGAGAGGGAAACAAAUAUUGGCAAAUUUUGCCCCUGACUUUCAUUCAUGACUGAAAAUAAUUUAAUCUCCCCAUGCUUGUAAACAACCAAUAUAUUGGUUACUAUUAAGUUUUUCUUUAAUCAAACAAGCCCUAUGUCUAUCCUUAAGGUGUAACAAAUGUCUUGCACUGCAAUAACUUCCUCAUAAACUAUUUGAAAAUCACAUUUUCUAAAUAUUUGCUA